AGGCUAUGAGGCUUAAGCUGUCAGCUGUCGGUGCUAGUGGAGGAUUGUGGGCUGGUUCAGCUGCGGCUGGUCCAGAUAAGGAGGACAAACAGGCAGCAGCAGCAGGUUCCAGCUGGUCUCUGCAACCCCCCGUCAUCCAUGCAGACAGAAGAAGGAAACAGUCCGUACAGCAAAUGAAGCCGCUAAACAAUAUUUUUAGUGGACUUUUUACUCUCCACUCACCAUCUCGCCAGACAUUGCCUACCUGGUACUACGGAGUAGAGCUGAUGGCCUUCUUCCCCCCAGCAGACAAGCCUCCAACCAGUUGGCGAGCUGGUAAACUGCUUCUUAUUCCCUGAGCGAGUUCUUCUUGUACCCGCC